CCUCCUGAAUGGCCACGCCCGUCUAUUACGUUUAACAAAAAUUAACAAUGGCCAAUAAAGAGACCAUAUUAAAGCUGUGUCAAGCUCUAAAAGGAAUUGCUUCAGCCAAAAUCGAUACAAGCUCUGAAAUUCUUCACCACAUGAGUGAUCAGAUAUGGAAAAACCCAGAACUUUCAUCCAAAGAAGAAAAGGCACACCAUCUUCUUACUUCACUGUUGGAAAAUCAAGGCUUUACUGUGGAACGUUCUUACACUGGUAUCGAAACAGCUUUCAGGGCUACCUUUGGCUCUGGGAGACCCAAUGUGUGUGUUAUCUGUGAGUACGAUGCUCUACCUGAAAUCGGUCAUGCAUGUGGACACAACCUAAUAGCAGAGGCUGGAGUUGCCGCUGGUUUGGGUUUGAAAGCUGUUCUGGAAUCGAGCAAUGCCCCGAAAGGAAUGUUAACAGUUAUGGGCACUCCCGCUGAAGAAUAUGGUGGUGGGAAGAUCGACAUGAUCGAUAAUGGUGCGUUUGACGGCAUUGACUUAGCAAUGAUGGUUCACCCUGCUGUGAGUGAUAUUCUUGCCCCAGGAUAUUUAGCCUGCUCUCAAUUUAGUGUUGCUUUCACUGGCAAGGCGGCCCAUGCUGCUGCGUUUCCCUGGGAAGGAGUGAACGCACUAGAUGCAGCUGUGAUGGCCUACACCUCCAUCUCUGCCCUCAGACAGCAAAUGAAGCCAACUUGGAGAGUCCAUGCUAUCAUAUCAGAUGGUGGCACAAAACCAAAUAUAAUACCUGAAUUAUCUAAAAUGGAGCUAUUUGCAAGGACAUCAAUCAAAAGCGAGCUGCCAUUGUUAGUAGAAAAGGUACAACAAUGUUUAAAAGGAGCUGCUGAAGCUACUGGCUGCACACAUGAAAUAACACAGAACAGUAAGCCGUACUAUGAUCUCCUGUCGAACAAAAUACUUUUGGACUUGUACAAGAACAAUUGGAGUGCCCUGGGUGUGGAAGCACCUUUAACCGGAUCGUCUAGUGGUUCCACUGAUAUGGGAAACGUGUCUUAUGUUAUGCCGUCGAUCCACCCCAAAUUUAGAGUUGGACCCGGAAAUGUGCCUGGUAUUCACACCGAGAAAUUCACAGUCAUAGCGAACACUCCCGAUGCUCAUAGGAUGACAUUAAUUGCUGCCAAGGCAAUGGCUCAUACAUGUGUUGAUGUGCUCACCGAUCAGAAACUGAUGACAGAGAUUAAUGAAGAAUUUAAAUCAAGUAGUGUUUAGGGCUUCUGUUAAUUUGAAGUGUCAUACAAUUAUAUACAAUUGUUUUGAGUAAAGAAAAUUACAACAGAUUUGCCCUUUAUAGCUUAUACUUGUUUGCACGCGUGUUUUCUCUUCAUUUUUCAUUUAAUCUGUGUCUGUAACUCUAUAGUGGGGGUUGUCCAAUUUCAAUUCUCAACAGUG